AGUUCUUACGCGUUGGCUCUUCUAGUGUUGGUCCUCUUGUUUGUUCGUUAGUGAAAUAAAUGUGGAAGUCUUCACCUUCCAGCAUGGCGUCCUCAAGUUUUCUUGCCUCCGCAGCGGGAAGGCAAGCGAAUUUGAUGGACAGGUACAGAGUGCGCGACAGGCAAGUUCCAGCACACCAGACGGGGAAUCGCAGCAGAAAUACUCCUGGCGGCUCACAACAUUACGCGAGUUCUACCUCCAGUCAAGCAAGAUCAAAUCUGCAGAUGAUUCAACAUUCCGCUUCUUCCCCAGCAUCUUCCAGAGACUAUUUGAUGUCGGACGAGUACUUCACCACGCUUGAAGAUGUGAUCGAGGACGCUUUGUGCGUGGUUCUGCAAUUUCUGGAUGGAAUAGACCUUCUCACCACCAGAUUAACCUGCCGGUACUUACGCGAUACGGUCGAUAUCAGCUGCCAGCGAAGUUUUGUCUUUUUUUUUGGAGAACCAGUUCCGAAAAAUGUCGCGCCGAAGGAGCUGGUGUUGCUGGUUUCGAAGCUGAACUUCGGCUGGAUGCAGCGCGACGCCUUUCUCUGGGCCGUGAAAAACGGAAUGACAAGUUUUGUCAAGCAAGCGCUCAUGUUCGACGGGCAGGAUCUGUUUCGGAUUAACGUCGUGGACGAGGAAGAGGGUUUGGACCACUUAGAGGAACAGCAACAGGGACAAGGACAACUGCAGCAACAGGAAAAUAUUCAAUUUGAGACGGCGCCAGGAAGUACUCCGGGCACUGGAAUUCGGUGGAGGGCGCUAAUGCCGGAAAGUGGGGCUGUAGAUCAUGGUGCGCAGGUACUAGACGGGUUCGGCGCCAACAACAACUACAACUUGCGAGAGCAGAGCGAUUCCGAUGCCGACAGCGACUCUGAUAACGAAGAUCAUGCUGGAGGACGAGAUGAAACAACAUCAAUUUCUACCCGGACGAGGUUAAUAUCAUCAUCUCUAUCAAAGCGGUACAUCGCCGAUGCGAUAAUGACCUUUCCCCGCAAGCUCCCACGGCAUGUGUCCCCCUUCCAACCUGCUGCGGCGACCUACAUGCUCGAGAUGCUGCGGGUGGACAGCACCUUCCGGGUGCCGCCGCUCCUGCUACUACUGUGCCACGGACAGGCGACCGCGCUGCACGCAGAGACGUGCGUCUUCAACGACCUGGAACAGCGCCUGCGCACCGUCGCGGUGCUGGAUCCACGGAAGCCGACGGAGCAAAGUCUCCUGGCCGGGGUGCACGCUGUUCUUAGUCUCGCGGGCACGGCUGAAGUCGAGAAGAGGUUUGAGGACCCGCGAGGGCGGCGGAUUGAUGAAAUUUGCGGUCCGGGAGCCUCUUUCGCCAUCCAAGAGCAGUCCUUUGACGCGUGGUCGCAGACCGUUCUGUGGGGACCACUGCCUGUGGAGCAGACCAAACACGGAGCGAACAAGCCCUUCCCGCUCCGGUUUGUAACCGACCCGUCUUGGCGGUUGACCAAGCACCUGGUCGGGAAAGUGAUUGCCCCACUGCUUUCCCGCGACUCGGAACUAGCAGGCUGUCUGUACGUCGCGGCCAGGCACCGCAGAACGGAGAUGGUGGGACUGUUAUUGAGCGCGGCGAAGGCGCACUUUGAGUUACUCUGGUCCUCUCCGUUGAUCAGCAACAAAACGGAGGGCGAACACGCGCUGCGACCCAGUGCGCUUUUUCGGCUCUUCAUUAACAUGACGUCCACGAGCCGGCUGCGCACGCCGCUGUUCGUCGCGGCGCGGAACGGGUUUCCGGAUGUGUGCAAGGUUUUACUGGAGGCGAACGCCGAGCCGUUACGCACUGCCAAGCCGGAACACAUGACGCCGUUGGAGAUUUGCGUCGCAGCCGCGGCAGGGGAGAAUGGCGGGACGGCUGGAGUGACCACAACGUCGAACAACAGCAGCAAUGCCGGCGGCAAAAAUAACAGCAACCGACCAACAGCCUCCGCCGCGCGCCGCCGCACGAGCUCUUCCAUGACAGAGCAAGAGGACGAAACAACAACGAACAAUCAGCCACCUCCUGCUUCCGAUCGCGUCGAGACUUUGCAGUUGUUAACCAGCGCUUUGAAGGAACACGAACGGGAAAGCAAGGUCGGCCGCAAAGUGCUGAUGGCCGUGUGUGCCAACGGGGAUUUACCGCUGUUGAAAGUGUUAGUCGAGCAGAAGGUCGGGCUGAAAGUCCGCGAACCGGCCCGCGGACCCAUGAACCUGCAGUGGCUCAACGAUCCGUGGGCGCACGUGGCGCGGGCGAAUGAAUUGGAGCUGCUCAAUGACGAGUGGAUCCGCGUGCACGAGCGAAAUCUGUUUCCCGGCUUCGACGGCGCGGAUUUUCGGCAGGGACCGCCACCAGAGCCCGGUUUAGGCAGUGCAAAAGUGUCGUACUCGUACUAAUCGCCGUCUUGCAUGACAAAUGCAUCAACUAAGAGAAAUCAGCAUCACAAACUGCAUUUUUUCUCUUGAAAAUAUUUGUGAUGCGAUUCAUACUAUAGUGCGAUGCUUUUGCAAUGUAUAGGGUUUGAACAUGAACAACGAGAACAACACCGGCAAUUUGCAGGGACAGCGCGACAUCCCGAAAACGCCUCUGCACGCGGCGAUCGUCAAUCAGAAGGACGCCGCGGCGGAAUAUCUACUGGAACACGCGCGCUUCGAAACCAUGCAGGAGGUCGACGAGCCGCUCGCGUCCGGUAAAACCGCGCUCUACCUGUGUUGCGAGAAGGGCAACGCCAGGUUGUGCAAGCAACUGCUGAAGUGCGGCGCGUCGCUGGACGUGCAAACUUGCCACGGAAAAACCCCCCUGCACGCCGCCGUGGAGCACUCGCACGAGCAGGUGGUCUGGGUACUUUGUGAGGACGCGGUGGAUGUCCGGCACAUCACGAAGAGGACGAAGGGGGAAACGGGGGUGUCGCCCUUCAUGCUCGCGGAGAAAAGAGGGAAGCAGUCUAUGGCUUGCUCAGAUGUUACAAUCUCAAACGUUACAAUAGAAUCUGAAAUUUGUCUUGCAUGACGAGCAUGAGUACCAUGCAGAGACUUGGGCUUUUCACAAUACAAAUUUCGUCAGAUUCUCAUGAAGUUUGGGGCGCCGAAACUUGUCAUGCGCGCUCCUUUGGGAGUAGGCCAGAUGUUGCGGAUUUUGCAACACAAAUUCCAAAUUCUAUUGUACCGUUUGAGAUUGUACCACCUGAGCGGGUUAUACAGUCCUUGAUUUUGCCACUGCUGAAGGCCUACCACCGACAGGUGAAGAAGCGGCACUGGCUGCGGCAGUGUGGCGACGACGUGGGAGACGUGACGCACCCCUACCUCACGCAAAAACUUCUGGAAUUCAAAACCCAGUUGUUCGAUUCGGACACGAAAUGGAAUGUGAACUACGAUGGCAGGACAGCAGGUGCGGACCAACGUGGGGAGUUCGACGCAGAUCAUGCUGCUGGCCCGCCUCGUCCGACGCGCCCGAGCACUGCGGCGGCUACUCGAACUACGGUGUCGUCCGGUCAAGGAUUGGUGUCCAAGCUUGUCGGAGCACGGGCUGCAACGUUGCAGCGGACCACGAGCGGCAAUGAUCCGAGGUCCUCGAAUUCUAUUCCGAGUGGGGCGGGUGGUGCAGUUGCAGCGCUGCAGCGCGAAAAUACGAGUAGCAGCACAAGAUCUUCGAGGAACUCUGCGAGAACACCACGGGCAACGACCGGAACAGGCGCAACAAGCGGAUCUGCGUCGUACGCACUUGAGGAACGAGCGAACAAGAACUUGAUAGACUUUGAUACGAAUAACGCGUACCCCUCCGGGUACUUCGAAGAACCCGAAAACAACCAAAACGCCUCCUCCUCUUCCUCCCGUACAAGACCGAAAUCCGCUUCCGCCAGGUUCGGUUACUCCGGGAUUCAGGUUAGCGGGGUCGCUUCGCGCAAGCAGCAGCGCAGCUCCAUUCGCGGAGGAAGUUUUGCGAAAGAGGAGACGCGGCGGAUCCCGACGAGUCCGCCACGGGGGAUGACGCAGGGUUUGAGCUCCGAAGUAGAAAUGGACGCCGGAGUCGUGGACCACGAAGCGUUCCGAGGCGGAAGGAAGCGAGCGCAGUCCUCUACCAGCGACUUCUACCACAACAUGAAUUUGGAACCACCGAGUCCUAAUCACCAGGUUCCGGUGGAACUGUCUCCGUACGAUGUGGUAGAUGGUGGUGGUCGUGCUGCUGCUGCACAGGGAAGCGCGCCGAGAACAGACGAGAAGGAGAGUCUUUUGAAUGCGACCUGCCGAGGGAACUUGACAUCAAGUAUCGGAUCUUCUGUCGCUGGUCGCGGUUCGGGAACAGUUGAGAAUCAUCCCAAAGCACUCGGGGACACAGAUUCAAAUGCGAUGAAGCAUUCGCCUUCCGACAGCAUGUACGACUCUGACUGAAGAAAAUGCACUUGGCUCGAUGGUCUUGAGACUCUUUCAUUGUACGGGCUGAGUUUUUUCUUUGCGAAAAUAGCAUGUCAGACAAUAUGACUUUCGACCGUCCGGAGACGGAGAGUUUCAGUUUCAACGUUUUGUUGGUGUUGUGCCUGU